CCUGCCUGGAGAUGGAGCUUCGGGUUUAACAUCGAGGGCUGCGCCUUCACUCCAGCCUUUACAUCCUAUUACAGUUCUUCUCUUCACACUUUCCUAUCACCUCUUUGACUCAAAUUGUAUAAACGAAUUACGUCCUUUGUCAGUUUGGAACCCAUUGGAAGGCAAUAACAUUAUGUAUGCUUCAACCAAGUACAGCAGUCGGGGCCCAACCCUUAUUCCCAGGAUGAAAACCAAGCAUCGAAUUUAUUACGUAGCACUUUUCUCCAUUGUGCUACUUGGACUUAUCGCCACAGGAGUGUUUCAGUUCUGGCCAAAUACAAUAGAAGCUACCAGUGAAUGGACAGUUGAAAAGCGCAGCAUCCAUGAUGUUCCUGAAGUCAAAUUAACUGAAGACAAUCCUAUUCCUGAACGAGGGGACUUGAGCUGUAGAAUGCACACUUGUUUUGAUGUAUACCGUUGUGGGUAUAAUCCUAAGAACAAAAUAAAAGUCUAUAUCUAUCCAUUGAAAAAAUAUGUUGAUGAGUAUGGUACCGUGGUCAGCAACACCAUUUCCAAAGAAUAUAAUGAAUUAUUGACUGCAAUUUCUGAAAGUGACUUCUAUACAGAUGAUCUCAGUAGGGCAUGUUUGUUUAUUCCAUCGAUUGAUGUGCUUAAUCAGAAUAACCUCAGGAUAAAGGAAACCGCACAGGCCUUGGCCCAGCUAGUCAGAUGGGAUAGAGGGACAAACCACUUGCUGUUUAACAUGCUUCCUGGAGGCCCUCCUGAUUAUAAUACUGCACUGGACGUUCCGCGUGGCAGGGCCCUCCUUGCCGGUGGAGGUUUUUCCACAUGGACCUAUCGACAAGGUUAUGAUGUUAGUAUUCCAGUUUAUAGUCCCUUGUCAGCAGAUGUCAAUCUACCAGAGAAGAUGCCUGGUUACCGGAUGUAUUUUAUCUUGUCGGCACAAACUGCUAUCCAUUCAGAAUACCGUUCUGAACUGGAGGCAAUAGAAGCAGAACACAGAGAUGCUCUCCUAAUCCUAGACAAAUGUACCAAUUUGUCAGAAGGUGUCUCUUCCACGUGGAAACGCUGCCAUAAAAAUCAGAUCUACAGUUACCCACAGAUUUUACAGGAGGCCACAUUUUGCAUCGUGCUGCGUGGAGCACGUCUUGGGCAAGCUAUCCUAAGUGAUGUCCUUCAAGCAGGUUGCAUUCCAGUAAUAAUUGGAGAUUCUUACAUCCUUCCAUUUUCAGAAGUGCUGGACUGGAAAAGAGCUUCUGUAGUCAUACCAGAAGACAAACUUUCUGAAUUGUACAGUAUUUUGAAGACUAUCCCUCAGCAGCAAAUUGAAGACAUGCAGAAGCGGGCAAGGUGGUUCUGGGAAGCUUACUUUAAAUCAAUGAAAGCCAUUGGACUUGCUACUUUGCAGAUCAUUAAUGACAGAAUCUAUCCUUACGCUGCCAGAUCUUAUGAGGAUUGGAAUGAUCCAACAACUGUGAAAGUGGUGAGUGUGAACAAUCCUCUCUUCCUCCCACUCAUUCCACCUCGAUCGCAAGGCUUCACCGCUGUUGUUCUCACCUUUGACCGUGUCGAGAGUUUAUUCAGAGUGAUCACUGAGAUUUCCAAAGUACCCAGCCUUUCCAAGUUGCUGGUUGUGUGGAACAAUCAGAAUAAGAGCCCCCCUGAAGAGUCAGCAUGGCCCAAGAUUGGAGUACCCCUCAAAGUUGUAAGGACUAAAGAAAACAAACUGAGUAAUAGAUUUUUUCCUUAUGAUGAAAUUGAAACUGAAGCUGUUCUAGCGAUUGAUGAUGAUAUCAUCAUGUUGACAUCAGAUGAAUUGCAGUUUGGUUAUGAGGUAUGGCGUGAGUUUCCUGACAGGCUGGUGGGGUACCCUGGUCGACUUCAUUUGUGGGACCAAGAGACAAGCAAAUGGAAGUACGAGUCAGAAUGGACAAAUGAGGUCUCAAUGGUAUUAACUGGAGCUGCUUUCUACCACAAGUAUUUUAAUUAUUUGUACACGUACAAGAUGCCAGGAGAUAUUAAAAAUUGGGUGGAUGAACACAUGAACUGUGAGGAUAUUGCUAUGAACUUCCUAGUAGCUAACAUGACUGGAAAGGCUCCGAUUAAGGUAACCCCACGUAAAAAGUUCAAGUGCCCGGAGUGCACUGCAAUUGAUGGACUGUCACUGGACCAGACCCAUAUGGUGGAACGGUCAGAAUGCAUCAAUAAAUUUGCAACUGUGUUUGGGAUCAUGCCACUGAAAGUGGUGGAGCAUCGAGCAGACCCUGUCUUGUACAAGGAUGACUUUCCUGAGAAGUUGAAGAGUUUCCCCAAUAUUGGCAGUUUAUAAAAUGCUGAUCAUCAAAAUCUUGGCUACAUUAACUGCACCUUUGCUACAUGACAAGAUGUUUCAAUAAGGUCUGACUGCUGUAUGUUUUGAAACCAGUUGAUCAGGAAUUCAAAGUUAUCUCCUGCUGUAUUAGCGUUUACAAACUAAUGAUAUGCAACUGCAGGUCAACAAUUGAUGUAUUUUUAAAAUGAUGGAUGUUAAUGAAUUUACAAUAGUUUUACAUGGCAGAAAAGGUUCUCUGUUUUUAAAUUAAAUAUGUAUUUUAUAUUUUGAUGACUAGCAAAGUACAAAAACUCAAGUUUCCUUGCAAUACGUUUUGAUUAUGCUGUUGCUUUUUCAUUAUCAUGACAUAAUAUUGCUGGUUCAGGCAUUAAAAGAUUUGUUGACUUAUGUUCUCAAACUAGCUUACUGACAAAUUCCACUUUUAACAUCAUUGCGGGCAUAACACUAGAUCCUUGCUGUGCCAUUGUAUCAAUGCUUGUCCUUGAAUAGUUAUUCCCAUUGUAUAGCUCAAAGUAAUACUUCAAAUGAACUUGCCCAAGUAGAAAUAUGACAUCACUUUAGGUUGGUCAUAUUUAACAUUGAAUCUAGAAUAGUCCCUUAUCUUUGAGUCCAUAUUUAAUUUGUAGUAUUUAAUCUACAAACUACGAUGCUAGAAGGAGCUGAUCUUGACAAGAAUGGCAGGGAGUGGGAUAGCUGGCAUUGGAGGUGGUGAUAUACUGAGCAGAACCUGUUGUGUACAAAGAUGACUUCCCAGAGAAGGUGAAGAGUUUCCCCAAUAUUAGCAGUUUACUGGGGUGUAAUGGGUGAACAGAGGGAAAGAGAACAUGCUCUUAAGAAUGAUGCUCAAGUAUUGGGUCCUUCCCUAAAUCACUAUCCAGAAAACCUUGUUGGAAUAUCCAGGCUUUUAGACUUUGAGUGAAGGAUAUGAUUUAUGCUUCCUGUUUUUUCAUUCCAUCCCACUAAAACAAUUUGGAUGCCCUUCUAGUGCUUACAUGUGUUGAUGAAUGUCUGCUGCCACUUCUGCAGUCAAAUUCUGACAUGAAUCAUUGCCUUGAGGUGAGGGCAAACAUCACCGGAAAAACUAAAAGCAAGUUUUGAACAAUGUUUAUACAGCAAAAGGUGCACUGAUAGUUAACAAGAUCUGAACCAAAAUCUUGUGAUUCUCUAGGUAAGGGUUAUGCCUGAUAGUUCCUAGCCAGAUGAAAAAGAGUUAGGAACUCACAGGAGUUCUAGGAAUCCCAUGUUAAGCGCAUCUCUUUGGCUACUGAUGUUAGUAAGUUGGGUGGUUUUGAAGUUGGCCAUUAGGCAAUUGCAUGAGAUCAUUGCAGAGUGAAUCCAGCAGCACACACAAAAACAUCGUAUAAGAGUUCAUGAUUUCUAUUGCAUUGUAUAUCCUUCAUCAAGUAAGGGAUUUAGCAAGUUCAAGAAUUCCAUUGAUUCAUCUUAUGUAAUCAUAUCUUCCUGAGAUAAUGCAGGCACCUAGCUGCUUUAAACUGGUGUAGCUUUUUGCACAUUUGUUAAAAUUCCUGUUUCCUUCCAAAGGGUUGUCUGUUGAACAACAGUCUGCUUAUAUAUUUUUUUAAUUGACGCUAGUUUUAGAUAUCAUUGAUAGAAACCAAGAAUGUUCAUGAUUUAUGGAGCCAUUUAUACUGAAAUAUUUUCCAACAGCUGCCUUAUUCCAUUUUAACACUACAAAAUCCAGCUAUUAAUUAUUUAAUCUCAGUGAUCCUUUUUGCGGUAGUUUCUAAGCUGUGAUCCAGCUAUUAAGGCAUGAGUUUUUUUUUUCCUUGGUUAUCACGUACUGUUAAGGCAUAAUAUGCUCCUUUCAAAAGAUAGGGUAAUCACAAUACUUUGCUUUCAAUUCAUUAAUCAUCGCCAAUGUCAGCAAUACCAUCAGUAAUGUGCAUUACAAGGGUCAAAAUGUAGAGUCCAACUGAUAUUUUGCAUACUAGCUGUGUAAAUGUUAUUCCUAGAUCAGUUAACUUCUGUUAGUGCGUGAUGCUAUCCCACUAUCAGUGAUUAGCAUUAAAGUGCCUACAUAAUGAGUUUAUAACGAUUAUAUUAUCUGACAACAAUUCAAGAGGAAUUUGUGGUAUCUGCUUAAAGUUACCAGUGAAUUUUAAAAGAUUUUGGUAAACCUUAAGCAGUUACAUCCUUUGCAGUAGAAAAAAAUACUUGUAUUUAUGAGUCUCCUUCCAUAGACACACAUCAAUGUACUCAAAAUACAGGAAUUAUUUUUGAACCACAGUGACAUAUCGGCAAACACAGCUGCCAUUUUGCACUACUUAACCUCCCAUGUGCUUUAGGUGGCACUAGUUGAAGGUGAAAUGUUGGCUAGGAGAUGCAAAUAUUUACAAAGUUGCUGACAUUGUUUACAGGUUUUGUGAUUACAAAACUAAUUCCACUUGCAGGAAUUUUGAACUAGUAUGGAAUUAGCUAUCCUAUUAAAAAGAGAUGACUAAAACUUUGCUGCAAAUUGCAUUGAUGAUGUAAACUCUGGCCUUAAGUUUUUUUAAAUGCCACAAAGGUUAAAAAUGUACAACAUUCUCCAUUUAGUACUAGAGUUGCUAAUUGAAAAAAAGUGCUUUUGAACUUAAUAGUAUAAGAAGUGGUACCACAUCUUCACAAUUAUAGGCUUUGACUCAAUCAAAUAGAAGGUAAAUGUACCACUGAUAACAUUUCUCUCUAUUUAAAAAACAUGGGAUACUACGUUUGGGUAGGGUGGUGGAGGAAAAAAAACUGUAGGCUUUUGUUAGUAGUAAACUAAAAUUGGUCUAUUGGCACUUCUUAUCUGAUCUAAUUUAUGAAGAAUUGAUUUAAUCCCACGUUCAAAUGGAAAUACUGAUGAGGUUACCAAUGUGGAAUGUACAACUGGACCUGCCACUUGCCAGGAAUGGCAAACUUAGGGGGGCUGUAGUAUGUUCUCCUGUUGCAAGUGAGAUGUGUCACAAAGGCAAAAAAACUUUGUCACGGGCAUUUCUCAUUCAAUAAUAAGAAUUAGAAGACUAUAAUCAAGAGAUUUGUUAGCUAUUUACACACAUGAGAUUAUAUAUUAAGUGUAUCUUCCUUUGAAAUUGAAUGCAUGUAUUAAGUAUGUGAACCUCAUGAAGUCCUAAAAUUAUACAUCAGAUCUCCAGAUAACCUAUAGAUCAUUCAUCGAUAUCAUUGUUUUUUUUUCUACAGUUGGUGUAGUCAUAAAUGACAAAAUUUAUUUCCAAUAUGGUCCCUUAUUGUUUGUGUUUGUACUUUAAUGCUUAUUUUUGUCAAAUGAGAUUGUAAUUUUAUUGGACCUUGUUACUUGUGACUCGUGCUUGUCUGUAAAAUAUAAAUUACUGGUGUCUAUCUCAUAAGCAAGCAGAACUGUCUGAUGUUGUUCUUUGGGUGAACAGCUGUGAGUCAUUUAAAUAAAUUAAUUUGCUAUUGCACUCUG